AUGGAUGUUAUGAUGAUGAGCGAUGGGCCCGGUCGUCGUUUGCGAAAGAAUGUGGCUAACGUUAGACGACACGUUGAUUACGUUGCUACAGUGCUCAAUCACGCGGAGUCUCGACUGUGGUUGUACAAGCGGUGGCAGCGACCGGUUCAGCAGCCGGACGAGUUGUACCAAAAUACGGCCUUGCCUGCUCGGUGUACUCCGGAAAUCCCGGUGGACUGUAUUCUCACGAAAUUUGUACGAGCCGCGAUGAACAAAGUCAAAUGUCCAGUGUAUAGUUUAUGUAGCGGUAAACGACUGAUUACGGGUGCAUCAACGGGCGAGUUCACAUUAUGGAAUGGAACAGCUUUCAACUUCGAAACAAUUCUACAGGUACUGGAAGCGGUAUUGUUCUGUCCGUAUGUAUUUUUAUUAUUACGAUCGUAA